AUGCUCCGCUUCGCGCUGGCUGCUGCGGGCCUGUCAGCCUACCUGGCCGCCGUGCAGGCGUCGGUCUCGGUGACCAUCUCCAACAGCUGCUCCGAGUCCGUCGCGCUGUACGACAACAGCGCCACCACCACGCUCGCCUCGGGCAGCUCCACCACGCGCACGCUGGCCAAUGGCUUCGUCGGAAUGUUCCGCAACGGCGUGUCGGACGAGGCCACUCUGGCCGAGAUCUCGGUGGACUCGGAUGGCACGCCCUGGUACGACAUCAGCAUCAUCCCUCCUGACCCGGGAAGCUGCACGAGCCUCAGUGCCUGCCAAGCGCAGACCGGCAAGACCGGCUUCAACACGGCCAUGCAGAUCACCCCGCAGGACAACGUCGGAGAAGGCACGUGCAAGGUGCUCACGUGCGAGGCGGACGGAUGCGCGGACGCGUACCAGUACCCGAGCGACGACACCAAGACCCACACGUGUCCGGAGGGUACGAGCUUCGAGGUGACCUUCUGCCCCGGCGGCAGCGGUACCAGCACGAGCAGUGCAACGAGCACGCCGACCCCCACUACGGCCACGCCCACGCCUACUACGGCGACCCCGACGCCCACUACAGCAGCACCUACGGCUACCCCCACGCCAACUCCGACGCCGACGCCAACGGAAGCGUCGGUGUCGAGUUCGGCUACAUCUUCGGCCUCAGCUGCUUGGGGUAGCACUGGAAUCCAGGUCCAGAGCGAGAAUUACUCCAAGAACUUCACGCUGAGUGGCACGAGCGCUAGUGCCAGCGCAGGAUCUGCUGGUCAGGCCGGCGUUGCGAGCGCUGGCGAUGCCACCAAGACCACGAAGGUUGUCACAGACUCCACUACUACCACGCAGACGACAGGCACAUCCACGACGACCAACUCGAGUGGCUCGGGUGGUGCCGUUCAGGUGACGACCAAGUCUUCUGAUGACACCACCUCCUCGUUGACGUACAUUGUCGUGAUUGGCGGGUGCGUGAUCGGCAUCGCUGCGGGUGGAUUCAUCUACGCGGUGCAGCAGAAGAAGAAGGCGCUGGAUAUGGAGGCCAAGAGCCCGUUUGAUAACGGAGACCACUCGUGUCGCGAUGUGUCGGUGCUCGUGUCCACGCCCGGCGCCAGUUUGUAA